AUGAGUGUUCCUGACUACAUGCAGUGUGCUGAGGAUCAUCAGACUCUCCUGGUUGUGGUUCAGCCAAUUGGCGUUGUACCUGAAGAGAGCUUUUUCAGGAUCUACAAGCGAAUUUCAGCAGUGAGUCAAGUUAACGUGCGUGACUCUCAGCGUGUGUUGUAUAUCCGUUACAGGCACCAUUAUCCCCCUGAGAACAAUGAAUGGGGAGAUUUUCAGACACAUAGGAAGGUUGUGGGGCUGAUAACUAUUACAGACUGUGCUUCUGCAAAGGACUGGCCUCAGACGUUUGAAAAAUUCCAUCUGCAAAAGGAGAUGUAUGGUUCUACUCUCUAUGAUUCCCGGUUGUUUGUCUUUGGGCUUCAAGGAGAGAUUGUAGAGCAGCCCCGCACCGAUGUGGCGUUUUAUCCCAGUUAUGAUGAGUGUGAAACUGUGGAGAAGAGAAUAGAAGAUUUUAUUGAAUCCCUCUUUAUAGUGUUGGAGUCUAAGCGGCUUGACAGAGCCACUGAUAAGUCUGGAGACAAGAUCCCGCUCCUGUGUGUCCCUUUUGAGAAGAAGGAUUUUGUAGGUCUGGACACCGAUAGUAGACAUUAUAAGAAGCGUUGCCAAGGCCGAAUGCGGAAGCAUGUUGGUGACCUGUGUUUACAAGCUGGCAUGUUACAAGAUUCCUUGGUGCACUAUCACAUGGCAGUGGAACUUCUACGGUCUGUGAAUGACUUCCUGUGGCUUGGAGCUGCUCUUGAGGGGUUAUGCUCAGCAUCAGUCAUCUAUCAUUAUCCUGGUGGCACUGGAGGAAAAGUGGGAUCUCGCAGAACACAAGGAGGUUCUCUUUCUGCUGAGGCAGGCAACAGACACAGACCAGGGGCACAAGAAGUUCUCAUUGAUCCAGGUGCACUGACUUCAAAUGGUAUCAAUGCAGACACCAGUGCUGAGAUAGGACGUGCUAAGAAUUGCCUUAGUCCUGAAGACAUCAUCGAUAAAUAUAAAGAAGCCAUUUCUUACUAUGGGAAGUACAAGAAUGCUGGUGUGAUUGAGCUGGAAGCCUGUGUGAAGGCAGUGAGAGUCCUUGCAAUCCAGAAAAGGAGCAUGGAAGCCUCAGAGUUCCUUCAAAAUGCUGUUUAUAUCAACCUUCGUCAGCUUUCAGAAGAGGAAAAGAUCCAGCGUUACAGCAUUCUCUCGGAGCUCUAUGAACGUAUUGGUUUUCACCGCAAGUCUGCUUUUUUCAAGCGUAUAGCAGCGAUGCAGUGUGCUGCACCCAGCAUCCCAGAACCUGGAUGGAGGGCCUGCUACAAACUGCUGUUGGAAACUCUCCCUGGCUAUAGCUUAUCCUUGGAUCCCAAGGAUUUCAGCAAAGGAACUCACAGAGGAUGGGCUGCAGUACAGAUGCGCUUGCUUCAUGAGCUUGUGUAUGCUUCCAGAAGAAUGGGCAACCCUGCUCUGUGUGUCAGGCAUCUGUCUUUCCUUCUCCAGACCAUGCUGGAUUUUCUGUCUGAUCAAGAAAAGAAAGAUGUAACGCAGAGCUUGGAAAGCUACACAGCAAAAUGCCCUGGUACAAUGGAAUUCAUCACUCUUCCAGAUGGUUUGAAAUUACCUCCUGUUCCGUUCACCAAAUUGCCUAUUGUGAGAUCUGUGAAGCUCUUGAACCUCCCGACUAGUCUCCGCCCUCACAAAAUGAAAAGUUUGCUUGGUCAGAAUGUGUCAACUAAAAGCCCCUUCAUAUAUUCUCCAAUUAUUGCACACAGUCGUGGGGAAGAACGAAGUAAGAAAAUUGACUUCCAGUGGGUCCAGGGAGAUGUGUGUGAAGUUCAGCUGAUGGUGUACAACCCUAUGCCUUUUGAACUCCGAGUAGAAAACAUGGGUCUCUUGACAACAGGAGUAGAAUUCGAAUCUCUUCCUGCGGCUCUUUCUCUACCUGCAGAAUCUGGUCUCUAUCCAGUAACACUUGUUGGUGUUCCUCAAACUACUGGACAGAUCACUGUCAAUGGUUACCAUACUUCAGUUUUUGGAGUCUUCAGUGAUUGCCUUCUGGACAAUCUUCCGGGAGUGAAGACCAAUGGCUGCGCUGUUGAAGUGAUUCCAGCUUUGCCAAGGCUGCAGAUCAGUACUUCCCUUCCAAGGUCUGCUCACACACUUCAGCCUUCUUCAGGGGAUGAAAUCUCCAGUAAUGUGUCUGUCCAGCUUUACAAUGGAGAGACCCAACAGCUUAUCAUUAAGCUAGAAAACAUUGGAACAGAACCACUGGAGACACUGGAGGUCACAUCGAAAAUAGUCAACACUAAGGAGAAGCUGUAUGGGGACUUCCUGAGCUGGAAGCUAGAAGACACCCUCUCUCAGUUUCCUCUAAAACCUGGAAAAAUUGCAACAUUUACUGUAAACAUUAAAGUGAAGCUGGACUUUUCAUGUCAAGAGAACCUUCUGCAAGAUCUCUCUGAUGAUGGAAUCAGUGUUACUGGACUUCCACUCUCCAGUCCUUUUCGGCAGGUUGUCAAACCAAGAGUGGAGAGUAAACCUAUUAAUCCACAAGAAAGCAGCAAAGUUGGUGACUUCAGUCACGUGAAGACACUGGAAGCCAUUUUGAAUUUUAAGUACUCUGGUGGGCCAGGGCAUGUUGAAGGAUAUUACCGGAACCUUUCACUAGGCCUUCAUGUUGAAGUAGAACCAUCUGUUUUCUUUACACGUGUUAGUACUCUUCCAGCAACAAGCACCCGGCAAUGUCAUCUACUUCUUGAUGUCUUCAAUUCCACAGAGCAUGAGUUGACCAUCAGUGCUAGGAAUAACGAAGAUUUGAUUCUGCAUGCUGGGGAAUGUCAGCGUAUGGCUAUCCAAGUGGACAAGUUCAAUUUUGAGAGCUUCCCAGAAUCCCCUGUUGAUGGGACACAGUUUGCUAAUGCAAAACAGUUGGAAGAAGAAAGACAACAAGCAAGAGGUCUGGAGAUUAACAGCAAGCUGGAUAUUUGUUGGAAAAUUCCUUCCUUGAAGCGUGAAGGGGAAGCAAGUGUGGAAGGUAUUCUUAAUCAGCUGGUCCUGGAGCAUCUACAGUUGGCUCCUCUCCAGUGGGAUAUCCUCGUUGAUGGCAAGGUUUGUGACUGUGAUAUUGUGGUGAACUGCAAAGUAGGAGAUCCCAUCCCACUGGAGGUGAAGCUGACCAACUGGAGCAAGCACAGCGUGGGGCCCUUCGCUCUCACCGUGACACCCUACCAGGACUACCAAAACGGGGUGCACAACUAUGAGCUGCAAGAUGCUAUCACCUUUGUGGGAUCUAACACCUUCUACAUCGACUCAGUGAAGCCAACCAAAGACUCUGUGUACUUUGGAGCACUUCUCUUUCUCUACACAGGUGAUUUCUACCUGAAUAUCAAAUUCCAUGAAGACAACUGCAGCAAGGAGCUGCCUCUCUCUUGGUUCUGCCUUCCUAGUGUCCACAUCCGUGCUAUGGAGCCUGUGGUCUAA